AUGGAGAGUGGACAGAGAGUGUCCCGGAAGGGGCGGAAGCUGGGCUCCAGCCGCCGGCGACAGAUGCGAGAGCCAGCGGAUGGCCAGGAUGCCCCUGUGGCCCCAGAGUCAGAAGCCUGGUCCUUUCAAGUGGCUGCAGAACUACAGGACUUCUUCCGGGACUGCGGGGCCAAGGAGAGGGGCUUUGUUACCCGUGAGGACGUGGCGGUGGCAAAACUCAGCUUCCUGAGUAGCGAGGAGGAGCCGGAAAUGAUCUUCGACUGGGUGGACGUGGAGCGGAAGGGAAGCCUCUCCCUUGAAGAAUUCAGCUCUGGGCUCAAAAGCAUCUUUGGCUCUGGCCCAAGCACACACAGGCUCCGCAGAAGGAGGCCAAUGUCUUCCAAGCGGGGAUCUGCAGCGGCCAGCUUCCCGGCACUGGACGAGGUCGACACGGAGGAGAAGGAGGCGUUCCUGGCCUUCAUGGAGCAGCUGGGGAGCAACUGCUUAUUUCCUGAGCAAGAGGAGAUCUGGCAGCUAUGGGGGAAACUGAGGCAGGAGGAGCCCCACCUGGCAGGCAACCUGGAGGGCUUUCUGGCCAAGAUGACCAGUCGCUUGCAAGAGGCUCAGGCGGACAAAGAAGCUCUGGAGCUGACCCUGAGGAAAUGUGACUCUGACCACCACCGGGAGGUUCAGGGGCUCUACGAGGAGAUGGAACAGCAGAUCCGCCGGGAGAAGCAGCAGCUACAGGCUGAGAGCCACUCUCGGGACCUGGCCCUCAGCUCACAGAUGCAAGAGGUCCUGGAAGCUAAGGAACGUGAAGUGCAGCGGCUGGCUGAAGGCCAGAGGGAGCUGGAGGCCCAGCUUGACCACCUCAGCACCACCCACCAGGAGGCCAGCUCAGAGAACCAGCAUCUUCGGGAAGCUGAGCGAGAGCUGGCGGGGCGGCUGGAGGAGGUGCAGGGACAGCUGCAGGUGACCAGGGGCCACCUGAAAACUGCCAAGGGCCUUGUGUCUUGGCAAGUGGCAGAGACAGAACCAAGGGAGGACAAAGCAAAAGAAGAGCCAAUCCCAGCUCCCCAGGCUGUCUCUCCUGAGGAGACAACCCUGCCUGGGCUGUUUGGGGACAAUGAUGACUGGAAUCAGCUCCUGAGUGGCUUUAGCAGUACCCCACUACAAGCCCUGCAGCUCUCCUGGAGCCCACCCCCGACUCCAAAAUUCUCCUCGGCCCCCCAGACACCCCGAGUGGUCAGGCAGAUCUCCAUCUCAGAGCCACACACUCCACUGUUUAGUCAGGAGGCGUCUUUGGAUCUGGCUAGAACUCCGAGGAGCUCCCUUGGGAGGCCUUUCACAGACCAGGAAGGGAAAGCAGGGGACCCAGAUGAGAAGGACAUCAAUUCUGAGCAGCCUGUGGAGCCUCCAGGUGUGGAAACCAAGGAGAAGCCAAGGCCAGAACCCGAAGCCCACUUCCACUGGGAUUUCCCUGGGAUCCCAGCUCAGGAGUCAGGGAGUCUGGUGCCAGCCACACUCAAAAUGCUUAUACCAUUGGAGGAUGGGUCUCCAGCGGCACCUUCCCCUCCUCAGGCCCCAGCUGGGUCCAGUGAAUUGUUCCAGGCCUCAGACCCAGAAGACAAAGGUCCCAGACCUGGGCCUGUGCCGGCCAAACCACCAAGACAAAUACAGGUCCUCCUUCAGGACCUACACACCAAGGUUGAGCCAGCGUUAGAGUCUCUGGGGGCUGAGACCAUCACAGUGGGGCCAGAUGAGUCCCCUCAGGGUCCGGAGACUUCCACAGUAGUGCUGCAGCCAGCAAAGCCAGGCCCAGACAAGCACGGCCACUCCGAGGGACCAGUGGGAACACAUGGACAGGCUCUUAGGCCAGAUGGGCCACCUGCUCUCCUCUGGCAGAGUCUGGAAGAGGAAGCAAAACAAGGGGAUGGAGGCAGGGAAAACAUGUCUCCAGGCCUAGGAGCUGGGAAUUCAGAGCACCCCCUGAAGGAUGCUCUGGCUACUGCUCCCCAACAUGGCCCACCCCAGGCUCAGGUUGGAGCUGAAGGACCCACUCCUGCAAAGCCAUUGGCCCCAGGCAGCCCUUUCCCUAUGGGGGUUCAGCCUGAUGAUGAAGCAGGACCCUGGGAACCCCCACACACUCUCCCCACGAUGGGUGGACUGGAAGCCAAAACCAAGUUGUCAUCUGAGACGGCUCAAGCCAGUGAACAUGGCCCCCCUCAAUCGAGGGAGCAAAGGACGGAACACAGGGAUGAAGACCUAGAAACAAACUUUCAGGAGACUGGGCUGCCCCCAUUUCCAGGGCACUUCCAGGCCGAUAAGCCUCAGACUGACCCUGAUUCUGUCUUCCAUAUCAUCUUCCUGGGGGACUCGAAUGUGGGCAAAACCUCCUUCCUGCACCUGCUGCACCAGGACUCCUUCGCCACCAGGCUGACUGCCACCGUGGGAGUGGAUUUUCGCGUCAAAACCCUGCUGGUGGACAACAAGCGCUUUGCACUGCAGCUCUGGGACAUAGCUGGCCAGGAGAGGUACCACAGCAUGACGCGGCAGCUGCUCCGGAAGGCAGACGGGGUGGUGCUGAUGUAUGACAUCACUGACCCAGAGAGCUUUACGCAUGUGCGCUAUUGGCUGGACUGUCUCCAGGAAGCAGGGGCUGACCAGGCGGUUGUCCUUCUCCUGGGAAACAAGACGGACUGUGAGGAGGAACGGCAGGUGCCUACUGAGAUUGGGCAGCAAUUGGCCAAGGAGCUGGGUGUCUCCUUUGCGGAGUGCAGCGCUGCCCUGGGUCACAACAUCCUGGAGCCUGUGGUGAACCUGACCCGGUCACUCAAGAUGCAAGAAGACCACAUGAAGAGCUUGCUGGUGGAGCUGCCCCCUGAGAGGCCACCAAAGAAAGCUGGCUGCUGCUUCUGA